ACAUUUGAAAAGGUUUCAUGUCAUUUUAAGAGCUCUUUACCUGCUCAUAAAUGAGGAUUAUUCAUUAUAUAGGGCUCCUUAAGCCAUUAUAAUGGAGUAGUUAAGAGUGUUUUUUAAAACAUGUCACGGAACCGUUGGAUUCCAUAUGCUAGUAUAUAUGUAUUUUAUCAAAUGUAUGAAUUAGCUCCCUGUUUAUGUGCUUUUUACUUUAUUUCGCGGAGCGAAGCGACAGAUGGACUAACAGUCAAUUCCAUAUUGCUAGACUAAUGAUUUAAUAGCUUUAUCUGUGCCACAAUGUCAGGCGAUAUUAGUUUAUUUGACUUGGUGAACAUAUCCAUCGGGACCCCGGAGCCAGGAGCUGUUAACUUCAGCGCUCUGCACACGCUGCUACACGCCAUGCUGGAGCACCUGCACAUCCAGAAUGUGAGCGCUGUGUGGCGGGAGUCGGAUGCCGGCCAUGACCCUGGCGAGUCGCUGCUGAACACGGCCUCACCGCAGAACCCGUACCGACGCAUGGAGGACAAGUUGCGACACAUAGAGCAGCAGCUGGCCGCCCUGGAGCGCCUCCCCAGCGGCUCCGAGCUGCUCGCCCGCUCCGCGUCUGUCAACGACGUGUGGCAACUACUGCAGCUCCGCAGGAAAGUGGAGGGCAGUGAAGACGGAGUGACCAAAUGUAUGGCUCUUAUCCAAGACUUGCUGAACGAGAUUCAGGAACUCAAGAAAUCAAGGGACAUCCUGAAGAAGGAAGUUGAGGUCCUUCAGAUUCAAUUCAACCAGAUUAAUGUGGACCAGUUGUCUGAUAGAAUCACUGCUGUGGAGCAAUGCCUCCGCCAAGUGGAAGUCCUGAAGAGUGCCACGCAAGAGCUAAAGGAGAAAGUGUCACUCUACCCUCAACCCGAAGAGCUUACCCAAUGUGUAACUUGGGAAGUUAUGCAAGCAGCUCUUGUCAGUGAGAGAAAAAAGAUGCAAGAAGAACUGAAGGACAGCAUCACAGGCUCUAGACUUCCAUUGGAAGUCGGCAUCCCUUUGACUCAAAGGGACUCUUCCACAGCUGAUUUCUCAGGCAUGGCUGACUCGGACAGUGCCACUGGUCCAGAACUGGGUUGUUCUGAAAUCUCCCCGUCUCAGCAGGGUCCCUUGAGCACUUUGUCUAAUGGAGGUCUGCCUCUGCUUCGUGGCCAGCCUCUGUCAUGGGUCAGCAAUGGGGCCAAGCACUACCCAGAGACAGUGGAGGCUUUGAGGGACGUGGGCCGGCUGCAGGAGAAGCAUAAAAGCCUGGAGGCUCGUGUGGAGCGCCUUGAGGGCGGAGAGAGGGGCAUGCCUGAAAAUGUACUAGAACAGGUGAAUCGUCUGAAGGCUGCGAUGGACACCAUAAUGGCUGAUAGAGAGAAGUUGGACAGUCUGCGGUCCAUGCUGGAGGACAUGAUGGCAUCAUCCUCUGCUAUGCUGUCAUCGAGUCUACAGCAAGACACAGCUGAGCUAGAAAAGCGCGGUCAGGGUCAGGGACAGGGCCAGGACUGGGGUCAUGCUAGAGGUCAGGGAGGCCUAUCGGGUCAGGCUGGACCCACAUGCCCCUCCUAUAUGGUGGACCUGAGCAGAAAGACCUCUGAACUGAUGAGUGAAGUGCAAGGUGCCAUCCUGCAGCUCCAGGCUGAGUGUGAGAAACUCCACAUCACAGCCAACCACCUGAUGGAGGACCACAACCAGAAGCAAAGCCAUAUUGAUCACCUGUACAAGACUGUGGAAGAGCUAGAUGAGAAGAAGGCAGAUAAAGAGGUGGUGGAGAUGGAGAUUGGCAUUAAAGCAGACAAGCAAGCCCUGGAAACCAAGGUGAGCCGCAUCCAGUUCGACACCAUGACGGAGCAGCUGAACGGGAUGUUUCAGGAGCUCCUCAGUAAAAUCACUGGUCAGGAACAGGACUGGCACAAAGUCAUUGAGAAAAUAUCCAUGGAGAUGGAGUGCAAGUUGAACCGCAUUGAGCUGGACCCUCUGAAGAAGCAGCUGGAGGAUCGCUGGAAGAGCAUUCGCAAACAGCUGCAAGUCCAGCCUGCCCCUGAACCUGAUGAUGCCGCUGGCUUCAGAAAACAACUUGUGGCAAGAUUCCACUGUAUCUCCUGUGACCGCCCUGUUGACAUGAUAACUCCAGGACCGCAUUUGCUGACAGUGCCCUCAGCUCCUGGGUUGCCUUCUCACAAGUCAAACCGGCCAUACACCGUCUAUGAGCUGGAGCAAGCACGUCACCACAGCAGGAGCGAGCGCAUCCCAGAGAUGGCCGACUAUGGCUACCUGGCCGUGUCUCGCAGCUGUGGAGGUAGUCACACUCUCACCUAUGCCAACAGGCGUUACAGUCGCCUUCAGCACAUCACGCAGAUCAUCCAGACGGAGGACAGUAGCCUUGCCAUGUCUGGCUCCAGCCUGAAAAUUCAGCCAGAGGAAGUGGAUAUCCUGGGUCUGGAUGGACACAUCUACAAGGGCCGUCUAAACAGCAGGGCUGUAAAGCCUGUGGAGUCUAGACUUCCCACCAUCAUGUCCAAAGAAGGCAACUGCAAAAUCAAAGACAGGGUGGGCCGCUGUCAGUCGCAGAAGUACGGCAGAGCCGAGUCUGGCCACGGGUCUCCUCAGAGUGCCAAAACACAGGGCAGUCGCUCGGGUGGGUCCCAGAAACACUUGGGAACAGGAUCAUAUAACAGCGUAGGCUCAAGCACCUCUGUGAAUGACCGGCCCGUAUCCUCCAUGGACUGCUUAUCCCAGCCCAGUGUACCUCAGUCCUCUGCUGACCCCGACAACGAGAUUCUGCAGGGCAGGGAGCUCCACAAAGACUUCAGCCAACCAGAGAAUGAACCAGUGACCUCUCUGUAGACCUCCCCCAAUCUUGUUUUAGGACCACCUUACCUGGUUUUAUUAAACUGUUUACAGCACAAAGCAUGUCAAACUUAAAGGAGAGUACAACAAACACAUCAUUUCAUAGCAACACUAGAAUCCCAUUACUCUUGAAUAUUUGCAUUGUUAAUGCAAACAUGUGUUGUUAUCAGGACAUACAAUGAUUGAGUUACCAGUUUAAUUAGGCACACCUACCUUGCCCAUAGACUUAUUAUAUUUCAGCAGAAAUGCUUUUUAAAUGUAGACACACUUGUAGCUUUAAGAUUACCGACUGUAUCUCAACUGCGGCACAUUUUAUCAGAUAUUUCAGUCUCAUCCAUCAAUGCAAACAAUGGAAAGGGACCACCAUUGGAUCACCACUGACCACCAGACAUUAUUUGGGUGGUAAAGCAUUCUCAGUACUUGGUAGUUUAUACAUCAGUAACUUGGUAGUUUUUUGUACAAAUGUACCAAACAUGGAUGGUGGUGUUACUGGGAUGUUAUACAAUUCAUUGUCAAUUCUGGGCUGAGAAUAGUCCACCAAUCACAAAUAUUCAGUCAACAGUUGUCCUGAUGCCAGAAACAUUUAACACAAAGUGUGCAUGGAAAAAGAUCUAUAAGAGCUGUAAUCUGCACCAGUACACCUACAGGGUGGACCAGCAAGCCAGGCAUGUCUAAUAAAGUGGCCAUAGUAAUUGUACACAGUGUUUAAAAGUGGGUGGCUAACAUAUUGUGCAAACGGACUACAGUCAAUAAUUGACCUAACCAUAGUAUUUUGUCUUAGCUACUGCUGCAAAGUUGUAUCGCUUACAAAAUGUUGGCAAAUGUGAAAUUAUAGCCUAGAAUAGUUUUAAACAAUUCUUUACUGUACUAUUAUACUACUAUUAUUAGUUUAUUGUCAUAACAGUUAUUAAUAGUUCUUCCUUUAUACUCUUAUUUUUCAUCAUAUUUACUUAUUUACAAUUAUAAUUGGGGCAUUUUGCUAGCAUAUUUAUAAUGCAGGUCGGAUUAAGAAGUUGAGUGAUACCACGGAAAGAAAAGAUGCCAUUGUAAUUAGCAUAUAUAAUUUAAUAUUGACUUAUCAAAAUGAGAUAUCAAUAUGAUAUGUACUGGUAGAUCAGACGUUUUAUCAAGCUACUGUUAGCAUGACUGUGAAUUUGAUGGUAAAGUCAUUGUCCUUCCCAGUUGACCUUAUUACUAUUAGCUACACAACACAGUCCAGCUUGGUGGCACUUAUACUGGAAACUUAAUCUAAACCCCAACUUAAAUUCAUCAUCUUGAAUAAGAUUUGUGCUUGCGCUCCGUAAAGCUUGUCCAAUCUCACAGCCAUAACUUCAAAAGAAUGCAUUCAUGAACUGUGCAUGGACAGGUCAAUUUGUGUCUCUACUGAGUGUGCAUAAUAAACUGGCAACCCAGUGUAAAUACUUCCCACGCAAAUACUGAGGCUUUUUGAACAUUGGUUUCUGGAUUUCACACAAGCAUGGGUUCCUCGAAGUGUUACCAGAUUUUUCCAUGCUUCAUUGGAGUCCUCCUCACCAUACAGCUUGUAAAAUUCAGUAUUGCUUUUGCAGCUGUUGGAACAAUUCACACAUCAAAUCCCAGUGUAUGGGAUUUGCAUAUGUUUUUUUAUGCAUAGGGUACAGCCUGUGUUACUUAAUAAAUAUGUCACGUUGUUUAUUUGAGAUUCAGUGCCUAAUGAAAAUUUGUGAUAACUUAAAACAAAAGUAGUCCCUGGUGGUUACUCACUGUCUGACCCAGCUCUUUGAGCACAGGAUUUCCUGCUUGACA